CGAUCUUGACUUUGUUUCCAACUCUCAACGUGACGACUUUUUCAGUUUGCAUGGCUAACUUAGUGCGUAAUGUAGCUGAACGAGGACCUUCCUCAGAUGGUUCAGGGUGUCUUCUCAGAGCAAAUCGACCUCCAGAUUCAGGCGACCACCAAGUUCAGGAAGCUGCUUUCCAAGGAGCGCAACCCUCCGAUUGAAGAAGUCAUCAAGACCGGUGUUGUCACACGAUUUGUCGAAUUCCUUCGAUCCCCACAUACUCUGGUUCAAUUCGAGGCCGCUUGGGCACUCACCAACAUUGCGUCAGGCAGCGCCACUCAAACCCAAGUUGUCAUUGAAGCCGGUGCUGUUCCCAUCUUUGUUGAACUUUUGGCAAGCCCUGAACCUGAUGUUCGGGAGCAGGCCGUCUGGGCAUUGGGCAAUAUCGCCGGUGACAGUCCUUCAUGUCGCGACUACGUCCUGAGCUGUGGUGCUCUCAAGCCGCUGUUGAACCUCCUUGGUGACAGCCGCAAGCUUAGCAUGCUUCGCAACGCCACCUGGACCCUUAGUAACUUCUGCAGGGGCAAGACACCCCAGCCGGAUUGGAACACUAUCGCCCCUGCGCUGCCAGUCCUUGCCAAGCUCGUUUACUCGUUGGACGAUGAGGUUCUGAUUGAUGCGUGCUGGGCUAUUUCUUAUCUGAGCGACGGCUCCAACGACAAGAUUCAAGCCGUCAUAGAAGCCGGCAUUCCUCGCCGCUUGGUAGAGCUCUUGAUGCAUGCAUCCACAUCAGUGCAGACCCCCGCCCUGCGUUCGGUCGGCAACAUCGUGACUGGCGACGAUGUGCAGACACAGGUCAUUAUCAACUGCGGGGCCUUGUCUUGUCUCUUGUCGCUCCUUAGCUCUGGUAAGGAUGGGAUUCGCAAGGAGGCGUGCUGGACCAUUUCGAACAUCACUGCGGGUAACAGCCAGCAGAUUCAGUCGGUCAUCGAUGCCAACAUCAUUCCACCCCUGAUCCACUUGCUUUCCAACGGCGACUUGAAGACGAGGAAAGAGGCAUGCUGGGCAAUCAGCAAUGCCACCAGUGGAGGACUUCAAAAGCCGGAGCAGAUCCGCUACUUGGUUUCCCAGAACUGCAUUCGACCCUUGUGCGAUCUGCUGGCCUGCCCAGACAAUAAGAUCAUCCAGGUGGCCCUCGACGGUCUCGAGAACAUCCUGAAGGUCGGUGACUUGGACAAACAAGCUGCUGGCGAUGCCCCCGACUCGAUCAACCGAUACGCGCUUUUCAUUGAAGAGUGCGGAGGCAUGGAAAAGAUACACGAUUGCCAGACCAACGCCAACGAGGAAAUUUACAUGAAGUCUUACAACAUCAUUGAGAAGUACUUCUCAGAUGAGGACGAGAACGCAGACGAAGGCAUGGCACCUCAAGCUCAAGGCGCUAACGGUACCUUCGGAUUUGGCACCAAUGGCGCUCAGGGCGGAUUCAACUUUGCCAACGGUGGAGAUACCAUGGACAUGUAAAAGUGUUUGAUGAAAUGUGGUGAGGAUUGAUGGAUUCGACAUUGUCCUAGCCAAUACAAAUCCUGGUCUUCUGGAGACCAUAUCACAACUGGCCGCCUCCAUUCGAGCGACUUCACGUGGGGGAUCGCGGAGUUAGUCCACACGAAGUAAGCGGCUAUUUCGAAGGAGCAGUCGGUCAUUCCGGAUGGAUCACGCAACUG